UUUAAUUGUUGGUUAAUAUUCUGGUCAACAAAUAUGAACUCUCUCGCUCGACAAUGCUGGUUGAGUCCCAUUCAUGUUUCACAUUCAUUUCUAAUCUCGCCUCAUCCUUCAACUGACCCCUUCGAGCAGAGUCCAAGAACAGAGUUAUUAAGAUACUAGAGUAAACAACAGCUCAUUCACAAAUAACUAAUAUUGCAUUGAACACUGUUCAUUUGUGACGAAUUCCCUUCACAUGCCAUCUCCUUCCUUGGUUUAAUAAAUACUCGUCGCACCCAUCGUACAUAGCUGCAUCCUUUCGUGUGUACAACAUGUCGUCGUCUUGUGUGAUCAUGUUAAGUAUUGCGCAACGUGUUCCAUUUUUAACAUUAUUUCCAUUUCAUCCCAGCACAAACUCAGCUCUCUCAAUUUUCAUAUUAAAAAAUAAAUCAUAUUACUAUUUGACUACGUAGCAAAUGAUAUUCAUAACAAAUAGCUAGUUAAAUACUACGUUUUGAAAAAAUGGAGAAACCCUCACUCUGUCCGUCCUUAGCAGAAAUUGACCUUAUGAAAGAGUUUCGCAAAAAAAUUCAAGACUUGAACUUAUCCGAGGUGGAGUUGGAGGAUAAAGUGCUCGUUCGAUGGCUGAGAGCAAGAAAUAAUAAUCUCAAGGAUGCUGAACAAAUGCUUCGAAAGCACGUGGAAUGGAAGGUUGAGAUGGACGUGGAGAAUAUUUUCGAGAAUGGGAUUCCUCCCGGAUGGGAUGAAGAAUUGCCCUGGGUGUUGGCAGGUUUCACACCUUCGGGGUCAGCAGUUUGCAUAAGUGACUCUGUGAAAUGGGAUUUUCAACGAUUUACGACCACGGAACAGCGAAAGAAAGACUUUGCAAGGUACGCUAUCCUCACGCUUGAGGAGAAAUGGGGCACAGCGUUGCUUAUGGGAAAAUCUCGCCCUUAUGUCCCCCAACUUAUUUCGAUUUAUGAUCUCAAAGGGCUGAGUUGGAGACAGCUUUCGAGCCCCCACGCAAUCGAAGUCGGUCUAAAUCUCACACGCAUGGCGGAAGCAAACUAUCCGGAAAUUGUGCAAACGCUUAUCCUUGUUAAUGUUCCGAGAAUAUUCCAAAUUGUUUGGAGAUUACUCAGCCCUUUUGUAACGGACAGGACAAAGGCAAAAAUCAUGUUCCUGGGUUGGGAUAAAGCCGAGUGGACUCGAGAAAUAUCGAGACACAUUCCCUUAGACCAGUUUCCGAAGGAAUAUGGAGGCCUUGGAGAUGACGACGUGAAUUUGAGACUACAAUAUCGAGAAGAAGUGAAGGCAAUGCGAAAAUAAUAUACUCCGUUUGUAAACAAAUAAUGUCCACUAUUUUAUGUAGUUGCAUGAAAAACUAGUUAUGUUGUAUACAAGCAUAUUUUACAAUGAUGACACAGAAUAAUUAACGCCAAUAAAACUUAUUGUUAUAAAUA